AUGAAGAGCUACCGGCUCUUGCUAGCCUUUGCUAUCUUCGCUGCCGUCCUCUUCAUUCAUCGAGAUCGUGUCGCAUACGCUGGCUUCAAGUCAUGGAGCGCUUCUUCCAGCCUCGUUUUCGGCGGUCAUGUCGAUUGGAGCCAGGUCCCUAAGCAACAUCCAGUCACGUCUUUGCAUGCUCUACCUACUGGCAAACCGAAGAAGCUGCCCAAGAUCCAAUACAGCUUCCCAACAGAGUCUUCUUCCGAAAAGACGCUUCGUGAAGAACGCCGCCUUGCUGUUCUUGACGCCUUCAAGCGGGCUUGGAACUCGUACAAAGAACAUGCCUGGAUGGCCGAUGAGCUCACUCCAAUCUCUGGCGAGAAAAGAAACACUUUCGCUGGAUGGGCUGCCACUCUAGUCGAUGCACUUGAUACCCUCUGGAUCAUGGGUCUGAAAGCAGAGUUCAACGAAGCCGUGGCUGCAGCAGUCUCCAUCGACUUCGCAUCGACAGCCCAGGAAGAGAUUAAUGUCUUCGAAACCACAAUCCGAUACAUGGGUGGCUUCUUGUCGGCAUACGACCUGAGCGCUGAUGAAAGACUUUUGGUCAAGGCCAAGGAGCUCGGUGAGAUGCUGCUCCAUGCCUUCGAUACUCCAAAUCACAUGCCUAUCACUCGCUGGAAAGUCAUGGACGCUCGCAGAGGAGCUCCUCAAAUUGCUGACCCUGUCACUCUUGUUGCUGAGAUCGGCUCGCUUGUCAUGGAAUUUACCCGCCUUUCACAGAUCACUGGUGAUUCCCGCUGGUUCGAUGCCACCCAUCGUGUUAUGAAGCUCUUUGAAGAACAGCAGUCCAAGACUCAUGUUCCUGGAAUGUGGCCCAUUCUCGUCAACGCCAGAGAAAUGGAUCUCACUUGGCAUACCGACUUCACGCUCGGAGCCAUGUCAGAUUCUGCUUAUGAAUACCUCCCGAAGAUGUAUGCCCUGCUUGGUGGAUUGGAACCAAUGUACGAGAAGAUGUACCGUGACGCCAUGAACGCUGCCAUUCGAUACACGCUCUGGCGACCUAUGACUCCUGACAACGCUGAUAUUCUGAUUGCUGGAAUGGCACAUGUUGAUGCAAAUCACAAAGGUGGACUUGACUUCCAAGGUCAGCAUCUCGUCUGCUUUGCUGGAGGCAUGUUUGCUUUGGGUGGGAAACUGUUCAACGACCAGACUCAUCUUGAGAUGGGCAGGAAGUUGACGGAUGGAUGUAUCUGGACAUACAAAGCCUUGCCUUUGGGAAUCAUGCCGGAAGUUUUCCACAUGGUAGAGUGUCCAACUAACGAGCCUUGUGAAUGGGAUGAAAAAGCGUGGCACAAAGAGGUGUUGAGAAGAAAGGGCGACGAGAAUGCGGACGUGCAGAAGGUCAUCGCCGAAGAGCGUCUCCCACCUGGCUUCUCAAGUCUUGACGAUCGCAGAUACAUUCUCAGACCCGAAGCCAUCGAGAGUGUCUUCAUCCUCUACAGAAUCACUGGACGCAAAGACCUGCAAGAAACUGCAUGGCGAAUGUUCAACGCCAUCCAAGAAAAUACCAAGACAGCAUUGGCCAAUGGCGCGCUGGCAGACGUGUCCAGAGAAGACGGAAAGGUGUCGGUGACUGACAGCAUGGAAAGCUUCUGGCUAGCCGAGACGUUGAAGUACUUCUACCUAAUCUUCAGCGAACCUGAUGUUAUCAGUUUGGAUGACUUCACCUUCAACACGGAGGCCCAUCCUUUCAGGAUCCCAAAGUAA